AUGACAAGCGAAACAAGUUACAAGGAUGGAUUUGGUUUGGCACUGGUUGGAUGUGGCCAGAUUGCGACCCAUCAUUUAGAGGCAAUGGCUUCGGCACUUCCCCGCAAGAUACAACUUUGCGCCCUGUGCGAUCCAUCAAAAGAGCGAAGAGCCGCCAUAGACGACCUAGUUUUGAACAAAUAUUCAAACAGUCUGUUAUGCUCUGGUCAACCAGCACGCCAUUUCGAUACCCUCGAAGGCUUGUUGUCAUCCUCUGAUGGAUUUGCCAAAGAUGUCAUUGAUGUGAUCUUUAUUGCUGUCCCUCAUGACUUGCACGAGACUAUUGCCCUGCAGGCUUUGUCUUUUGAGCAUGCCAAAAUCGUGGUGCUGGAAAAGCCAUUGGCUCCCACACGAGAUGCCUGUGAUCGUUUGGUGAAACAUUCUGAAAAAUUGAUGACAGAUGGUCAAACUAACACGCCCUCACCCAUGCUCAUUAUUGCCGAGCAAUCUCCCUAUUGGCAUGAGGUUGCCUUGGCACGACAAUUGAUUGCAGAGGGAACUAUUGGGUCAAUUGUCACGGCAGCGUCCUACUAUUAUGAAUCAAUGAGAGAUAAUGUCACAAGUGGUAGUGUGGAUGAAUCAGGCGGAUUGGGUUGGCGAGGAUCCAUUGCCCGCGCAGGAGGAGGAAUCGCCUUGGACGGCGGAUUGCAUUGGAUUCGUCCAUUGCGAGAAAUGUUGGACAGGCGCAUUGAACGAGUCGUUGCCGUUGUACGACGCAAUUUAGAGCCACGGUUGCAAAUGGAGGGCGAAUCAGUGGCACAUGCACUCUUUCAAAUGGAAAGUCACAGCACUCAUGUGGAACCCGACGGAGCGGGUCCUUUGGUGGCAACAUACUCCUGCAACAUGUUGGCAACCGCACCCAUGGCACACGACACUUGUCCGUAUUUUCGAAUCACUGGUACCAAGGGAGAACUCGUCAUCCACGGCAACGGGCUCUUUCGAGAAGACCCAGGUGCGGGUGGUUUACGGCUGUACAACGAAGAACACUCCCAGGGCAAGGAGUUGUUUCUAGACGAUCGCAAGGGAGGAUUCUUUCUAGGUUUUGCAGGACUUUGGUCGGAGAUCUAUCGCAUCGGGACCAACCAAGAUCACACAGCUGCACAUCAAUCAGUUGUCCGGGCUGCUGAUGACGUUCGAGUUGUGUUGGCAAUGUACAAAAGUGCAGCGAAUGGUUCCUGGGAAGAUGUGUAA